AAGAAUCAACCAAUCGGACAAUCUAUUGUUUUGUUUCCAUAAUCAAACCCAUCAUAAAACAAAAUGAACGAAAAUUCUAACAGAGCUGAAGCAGAACGCUUGCUCGGCAUCGCCGAGAAGCUCCUCCAGUCCCGCGAUUUUAACGGCACAAGAGAUUUCGCCGUCUUGGCCCAGGAAACGGAUUCUCUCCUCGAAGGCUCAGACCAGAUCUUGGCCGUGGCAGACGUUCUAUUGUCCUCCGAGAAACGCAUUAACAACCACCACGAUUGGUAUGCGGUUUUGCAAAUCGACCGCCGCUCCGACGACCAGGAUCUCUUAAAGAAGCAGUAUCGCCGGCUCGCAUUGCUCCUCCAUCCAGACAAGAAUAAGUUCCCCCUCGCAGAUCAAGCGUUUAAGCUCGUCGCGGACGCUUGGGCCGUCUUGUCGGAUUCCGGUAAAAAGUCGUUAUACGACAACGAAUUAAGGUUGUUUUCGAGGGUUGAUUUAUCGAAUUCGGGGAAAUUGCCUGUUCGAAGGAGCCAGCGACCAGCCGCGAAGAAAGACGCGGGCGAGAGUGUUAAAACUAGCGCGAAUAGUAGCUCAGUGGAUCGGAGUCAGAAGAUGAAGCUAUCGUCGUUUUGGACUGCUUGUCCAUACUGUUAUAUUUUAUACGAGUAUCCUCAGGUUUACCAGGAUUGCUGUUUGAGGUGCCAGAAUUGCGAGAGGGCGUUUCACGCGGCGUUGAUAUCGUCGUUGCCGCCGUUGGUGCCUGGAAGGGACGCAUACUACUGCUGCUGGGGGUUCUUUCCUUUGGGUUUUAUGUUUGGCAAUUCAGAGAGUGGGGGGAAAAACAUUGGGUCUGGGUCUGGUCCGGGGCCGGUGUCAGGGUUUCCAAAUUGGAUGCCGCCAGUCUUCUCCACCGGGCAGCAAGUUGGUGACAGAAAUGGUGGCACCUCCAUGGCGGAUACGCAGCCGGUGUUUGCCCCGGUGCAGCAAGUGAGUGAUAAAAAUGGUAAUGUAAGUGUAGAUGCAGCACCUGUGAGGACAGGGAUAGCAAGGGGUGGUGGAAGAGUGCAUAUUUCAGGAGGGAAUGCCACGGGGUUUGCAACGAAGAAGAGGGGAAGGCCAAGAAAAUAUCCCCUAGCAAGUGUUUAGGCUUAGAUGCUCUGUGAUUUCGUGAUGAGACAGAUGACAAGGUGGAGGAAGUUUUGUGGCUGCAUCGAUAGAGAUACAGAAGGCUCAGGGAAGAAGGUUUUGUAGCUGGCCCAGUUUGGGAAGUCCAUACUCCAUAGGCCAGAUGUGAAAACUUUCAUGAUCUCUCUCUGCCUAGUAGGUGGAUCAUUAAAGGUGCUUAAGUUAUGAAUAAAAUCAUUCCUUUGGCGUGGCCAUCAUAUUAAGUGCAUUGGGGGUUCGGGAAAAACUCUAACCACCAAUUUAGUUUAUUUUUCUACCAAUUUGGGUAAUUGGGUUAUUCUGCUAUGGAUCAGGAGUGUCCUCUCUUUAUAUGUACCGAGUUAGAGUUUAUUAUGAUAUGUAAUUUGUAUCAGCUGGAGUGCUACAUAUCCAUUAUGAGGUUUGUAUAUAUUCUUUGGAGUUUGCAUAAAAUUUUUCUUUC